AUGGAAGCCGCUCGUGAGGGGGAAAAUAACUCUAAUGCCCAACCUCACCUACAAAAAGGGGUUGGAGAACAUUUUUCUGAUCAUAAUCCUCUUAGCACAAGUGGAUCUAAAGUGGGAAAUAAUCGGGGCAUAAGAGUUGGGCCACACCCCCAAAUGAGUCAUAGUGCUCCUGCUGCUGAUCCUCCUUUUCAACAAAUGGCUGAUUUAUUUCAUCACAUGGCUAGAAGAAUGCCUAACCCUGAUGAAAUAAACUAUGAGAAAAUGACAAAAAUGGGAGGAGUUGAGUUUGAAGGAACUGUUGACCCUACCGAUGCCGAGCAGGCAAAACCUCCUGUUCUUACUUGGGAUGAUUUUGUGAAGGAAUUUCAUAAGAAGUAUGUCCCACCUGCUUAUCACAAUGCAAAGAAAAAAGAGUUCUUAAAUUUAGAGCAAGGGAGCAUGUCUAUCACUGAAUAUCAGCAGCAAUUUCUCAGGCUGUCCCGCUAUGCUGGGGGUAUUAUUAAUGAUGAAAAAGAUAAGUGCAGGCGGUUCGAAGAUGAUUUGAAUGAUUCUAUCAGAAAAUCUGUAGCGGUCCUACAACAUGAAAAAUUUUGUACAUUAGUUUUAGCUGCUCUUACUUGGGAAAGGAUCGACAAGGAACAAAUUGGUAGAAAUGAACACAAGUUCAGGAAAGCUUAUGCAGAUUCUGGAGGUCCAUCAAAAAGAGGGAAAUUUGACAGUUCCACAGCUAAUACUUUUCGCAAGAUAGCCCAACAUAAGCAGAAUAGAUCAAGUUACUCUACUGCCAGCACUCCAAGCUAUGGUCAAGGCAAGACUCGUAUACCCACUUGUGCACAAUGUGGAAAAAAUCACUUUGGUACUUGUAGAAGAGCUUCUGGCGCUUGUUUUAAUUGUGGGAGCUUCGAUCAUAAAGUGAGGGAUUGUCCUAAUCCUAAUCCCAUUUCUUCUCCGCAUACGGAAGUCUCUGUUCAGAAACCUAUUACCACUCAAUCUCAAGGGAAUAGAGGUGCAAGAUCUAGAAACACACAAGCAACAGGUGCAGGUGGAUCCAAUCAAGCGAGUGGAUCAAGAGCUACAGCACGAGCUUAUGCAAUGAGACAGAGGGAUAAACAAGAUGGAGCAGAUGUGGUUGUUGGUAAAUUUCACUUAUUCGACUUAUGUGUCGUUACAUUAUUUGAUCCUGGUUCUACACAUUCGUAUGUUUGUUCAUCAUUGGAUUUUCCUGAAAAUGUGAAGCCUGUGAGACUCGAUUAUGGUGUGCUUGUCCAAAGUCCUUUGGGUCAACAGGGUGAAAGGUCAUUGUCCUCUAAUAUUAUUUCUGCGGCCUUAGCAAAAAGGAUGAUUCGUCGGGGUUGUAGUAUGUAUCUUGCUCACAUAAUUGAUACACGUGUAGAGAGUCCUAUUCUUAAAGAUAUACCUACUGUGUGUGACUUUCCUGAAGUGUUUCCAGAAAAUCUUCCUGGGUUACCACCAGAAAGAGAAGUUGAAUUUCUGAUUGAGCUCAUUCCUGGAUCUACUCCUAUUUCUAUCACUCCUUAUAGGAUGGCACCAGCAGAAUUAAAGGAAUUGAAGACUCAAUUGCAAGAACUUCUUGAGAAAGGUUUCAUUCGUCCAAGUGUUUCUCCUUGGGGAGCCCCUGUGCUAUUUGUGAAAAAGAAAGAUGGUACUCUUAGACUUUCUAUUGGCUAUAGACAAUUGAAUAAAAUAACAAUCAAGAACAGAUAUCCAUUACCAAGAAUUGAUGAUUUGUUUGACCAACUGAAGGGUGCUAAUUUAUUCUCCAAGAUUGAUUUAAGGUCUGGGUAUCACCAACUGCGUGUUAGAAAGGAAGAUGUUCCUAAAACUGCUUUUAGAACUCGAUACGGUCACUAUGAAUUCUUAGUGAUGCCAUUCGGAUUAACUAAUGCGCCUGCAAUAUUCAUGGAUUUGAUGAAUUGA